AUGGCCUGCUACGACAGCUGCCGACCCUGCGGACCCACCCCGCUGGCCAACAGCUGCAACGAGCCCUGUGCCCUGCAAUGCCAGGACUCUCAUGUCAUCAUCAACCCUUCCCCUGUGCUGGUCACCCUGCCAGGACCCAUCAUGACCUCCUUCCCCCAGAGCACCGUUGUCGGAUCCACCUCCUCGGCUGCCGUUGGUAGCGAACUCAAUGCCCAGGGACAGGCCGUCUCUGGCGGCUUUGGCUUUGGCCUUGGCUAUGGCAGUGGAUUUGGCUACGGGCUGGGAGGCCUGGGCUGCUACGGCAGAAGGGGUGGCUACAACUGCUAAAGGCCCUUGGCAGCACCAGCUCACGGCUAUGGAGAGAGCACCUUGGCUGACCAUCCUCCUACUUGCACUUCACACUGGAUCCCUUCAACU